UCACCAAACUCCGGACCAUGCUUUUGGCGCGAAAAUGUAAUCCCAAAUUAAACAAUUUUCGAGUUAGGGUUUUUCAGAUGGUAACUGUAACAUCGACUUUCCCUUAAACAACAAUGUCGAAUUUCUCAGACCAGCUUGAUGAAAUCAAAACCCUACUUUCUUCAAACAUCAACAAGGCGUUCGCUUACUCAACCCUCUUACACCUCCAAGAACAGUCCAGCAAUACCCAAGCUUCAAUUCAAAUCCUGGCUGAAAGUUGUCAGAGCCUAAUCCCUCUGAUCGUUGCUGAUGUUCAUGAGGACGACGAGGAAAUUGCAACUCAGGCGUUGAAAUGUUUGGGCUUCAUGAUUUAUCAUCCGUCCCUUGUUGCCCCAAUUUCGGUCGACGAAGCCAAUUUGGUUUUAGAUUCACUGGUUAAACUCAUUACAACCACAAAAAUGAAGGCAGUUUGUAACUUAGGAGUGUGGUGCAUAUCUAUCCAACAGUUCAAUUAUCAGCUUCUAGCUUCUCAUUUCCAUCCUCUAUUGCAAGCAGUAGUUCAUGCCCUUGACAAUCCUAUUGGUUCUUUGUCAACGACAUUUGAGGCCACCCAGGCUGUGAUGAAGUUAGCAGUUCAAUUAGAUGAGAAGAUGAGAGACAUGUCUCAUGUGUGGGUUCCUCCAAUAUAUAGAAGACUUCUUAGCUUCGAUAAGAAGGAGAGAGAUAUGUCAGAAAGGUGUCUACUGAAGAUUAAAUCUCUAAUAUUACCUCCUCCACUAAAACUCUCCAAGGCACUUGUCAGAGAUAUGAAGCAAAAAUUGCUCACUGGAAUGAAGGAUAUGCUAAGCCAUGAUAUGAAGGUUAAAGCCAUAAUAGCUUGGGGAUGGUUUAUCCGCUUACUUGGAUCUCAUGCAUUGAAGAACCGACAUUUAGUUAAUGAUAUGUUGAAAAUUCCUGAGCAUACAUUUUCAGAUCAAAACGCGCAAGUUCAGAAUGCUUCACAGGUUGCCUGGGAAGGACUAAUUGAUGCUCUUAUUUUCCCUCCAACAUUACCUUGCAAGAGAAAUGCCAUGGAAGAGGAAGAAGUUGGUGAACAAAUGGGAACAUCUAAGAGUAAAAAUAAUGAAAUUCAAUCAAAUGGAUUCUCAAAAAGCAUAAAGCUGAUAAUGACUCCUCUAAUAGGAAUCAUAUCAAGUAACUGUGAUGCGUCUGUUCGCUCAUCCUGCUUCAACACGUGGUGUUAUCUUUUACAUAAACUUGAUUCCUCUGUUAAUUGUCCCUCGGUGAGGAAACUGGUAUUACAGCCCAUUUUUGAAGCAGUUUUUCAAAUUGGUCUUGAUAGCAAUAGCAUCUGGUUAUGGAAUCAGUGCGUAAAUUUGCUUGAUGAUUCUAUAUUAGCAAAAUGUACAGAUGUCGAUCAGGAAUCAUCUCACCUAGUGAGCCAAUCAACUAGAUCCUCCAUGCAUGGUUGUUUUAUAUCUGAGAAAUGCUCCUGGAAGUUGUAUCCUAUUAAAUGGUUGCCAUGGGAUCUUAGUCAGUUAGAUUUCUAUUUAAAGAUUAUUUACAUUCUCAUCCACCAAGCAUCAAAGACAACCUUCCUGCAUGAGAACAGAAAAUCAUCAUAUGAUGCCUCCUUAAGGUUAUUUAGAUCUGUUUCAAAAGGAGUCCAGUUGGAGUUGAAAAAAUUGUCCACUAAUUAUGAUGAUGUUACAUUGUGCUUGAAGACUAUAUUAAAGUUCAUAAUAAACUUUUAUGAAGAAAAUUUUGAAGGCAGUGACAGAAAUGACUUGCAUCAUAUUUCUCUUCAGUUUGUAGAGGUUGUAACUGACGAGAUUAAUGCUGCUAUAUUGGGUUCUCCUCUAUACAAGGUUCCACUCGACCUCAAAUGUAUCGAACGUCAGCUUGUUAAUGCCAUUGAACAUGAACAUGCAAAAGAUUUGGUUAUGUGCUCUAUUACUUACAUGGAUAUGGUUUCACCGAUGGUGUAUUUAACUGCAUUCUACUUUUGUGUGGUGGUUCAAUCAACUUUGAAUAUGCCCAAAAUAGAUUUCUUUCUGCAGGCAAUCAAGAAAUAUUUUAAAAUCAUGUUAUCAUCUUAUGAUCCUGUGGAAAAUUUCAUCGUCACUAUUGGAUUAUUGUACAUGCACACUGGGCCAAGCUGCUUAAGGAUGUGGAUAGCAGUGGUGAAAGUUCUGAAAGACACUGUGUUUGAUAAGAAGGAUAUUUCUUUAUAUAAGAUGGAGAAUGGCCGCUCAUUUUUUGCCACAUGCCAUCUGUUAUCUUACCCAUUCUUCAUAUUUUAUUGCCACCAGAAAGCCUUGAUAUCAGCAAAUGUUGGUGACUAUGCGGAAGAAUCUUUCAUUUCAGUAGAGAAAAAACUCGAUCUUCGACAAAUUCUUGAAGUGUGGAAGUCACUCUAUAGUUCUUUAUGUACUCCACAGUUUGAGUGUUUUUCUUCUAACAGUUUCUGUAAGGAGUUAUGUAAUAUGCUAAGUGGAUGGCUUGAGAAGUACACUAUAUUGGUUGAAUGUGCCAAUGAUUUAAACCCUAAGGAUCUGGAUCUUGAUCUCAUUUCCUUAUGUGGUGGUGUUGUGAUAUAUAUCCUGGAACAAUCCCAGUCUUCAGUUGUAAGUUCAGAGUACAACAGGGAACGUAGCAGAGACGACAUGAUACCAAGUGGCAUGACCAGCUGCAUGACAUUGGUUAUUAGAUUUAUGAAGCUGUUGCAGACAGGGAUGGGAAAAGGCUUGCCAACUGAUCUAGCUGUUCUCUCUAGGGUAUGUUCUUUAUUUUCAAGCAUCAUCAGUUGCCUUCACUUGAAGCUAGAUAUCCUUUCAGUGAUUGAGAUGAUGUCCUGUCCGUUGCUCCAAUGGCUGACACACAAGGAUAUGCGGGAUGAGAACACCAGUCAUCAAUUGCAACUUGUAUGGACAGAAAUCCUAAACUGUUUACGAAGGAGUCAGCCGCCAAUCAUCUUUGAUUCUGCAUUGCUGAGACACCAUGCACCCCUCCUUGAGAAAACUCUUGAUCAUCCUAAUCCAACCAUUUCAGAGCCAACCAUCAACUUUUGGAAUUCAACAUAUGGCGAACAGAUCAAUUUGGAUUAUCCUCAAACUUUGCUUCAUGUCUUAGACAAACUCUCAAGGAGUGGAAGAAUAAACCUCCACAAGAGGAGUCAAGUACAAAGAUGUGAUUCUCCACAAAAAUACACUGUAAGUGCAGCACAUAACAACCGUUCGAAAAGGAUAGAAUUAGUGAAAGAUUGUAUGAAUCAUGUAAAGCACAAGGAAAUGCCAUAUUCAAGUUUGAAAAGGAGAAGGUUAGAACUGACUGAGCAUCAGAAGGAAGUAAGAAGGGCACAACAAGGAAGGGGAAUGGAUUGUGGUGGACAUGGCCCCGGUAUCCGGACAUACACGAAUGUUGAUUUUUCACAAGGGAAUGAGGAUUCUCAAGAGAGCCAAGAAUUUCGAGAUUCAGAAUCCAUGUUGGAGAUGUUGAAAAGAGCUUUUUAAAUGUCCUACAAAGUUUAUUAUGCAACAGAGGAAUUAGGAUUUAACCAUGCAUAUGUUGUGUGUAUGUAUAUAUAUAUAUUUAUUUAUUUUAAUUUAUGUAUAGCCUGUAACAAUGAUUGUAUUUUAUCCUUAUAAUUUAAUGUAAAAAUGUUAUACUAAUAAAGUCUAAACUCCUCACCAUUGAAGUGGCUCUAUGUCUGUAAAACCAUCAUUGGCUGAAAUGGAUAACUUAUAAGAUU